AGGAAACUUUUAUCAACCUGAUCAAUCAUUACAUCAUGUCUGUCAACUCUGCACGAAACGCGAUCUCGAAAGCCCUCCUCCGACCGGUCCCCUCGAGGACCAUCCGAGUCGCCCCUCAAGCCGCUCGACACCUCUCUCUUCUCGCCUCGACCAGGACUCCGACUGUCAGCCGGAUCUCUCCUGCCGUUUCCAAGUCUUCGGUAGCUUCUGGGAUCAGGUUCAAGUCGACCGAUAAACCUUGGGGGCCUCCUAUCGUCUCGUACGAGGAGCUCAAGCCUAUUACCGAGCAGCCCAGCGAUGACGUCCUGAUUGUUGACGUCCGUGAACCCGACGAAGUCGCCCUCGGAGCCAUCCCCUCUUCCGUUUCCCUCCCCCUGUCGACCCUUAAGAAACACCUCUCCUCCAACUACGACGCCGGCUCCUUUGUCAAGGAACACAUGUUCCACAAACCCCUACCUGAGCAGAAGAUGAUCUUUUACUGUCGAUCGGGAAAGAGGAGCGCUACGGCCUGUCAGGAGGCCCAGGAGGCGGGUUAUAGGAACGUGAGGAACUACGCGGGUAGUUGGAUGGACUGGAGGAAGAGGGAGGACGAGUCGCAGAUGGGUAACAGGGGGGAGGACGACGAUUAGUGAAAGUGGAAACGGAAUGAUUUGUACAGUCGGUCCGGUCGAGGAUUGACGAUAUGCCAUUUGAAUGCGAACCAUGACCAUGCUGACACUCGCGAGCAGUGAAAGGCAGCGCCGAAAGAAGCCGACACUUGUUUGGACAAACGUGUAUCGGGUCUAUUACUAUACU